AGGCAGCGGGGUUUCCUUCGUCCGAGGGAUGAAUCUGGCCUCAACGGAUAUAUAAGGCCGUCAUCGUACAGUGCUCAGUGUCAUUCGUCUGGUUUUAUCAAUUCCAGCAGCCUCGGCUCCAUCAGCAACCGGCAGCAACCCAGUCAUGAAUACUUCAACUCGUAUUUUGCUAGUGCUGUUCCUGUCUUACGCUAUGGCGUUCAUGCUCGUUGCAGGAAGCGUUCCCUUCGACCGAGCCAUAGAAAUUGCGCCCAGUGCAAGAAAAUGUUUGGCCCGUACUUCCUGGGGCAGAAGUGCGCCGAUUCUUGCGUCAAGUACAAAGGGAAGCUCAUCCCCGACUGCGAGGAUGAGGGCUCGAUUCAACCGUUCCUCCAAGCUCUCGAUAGCGAUUAU